ACUUUUCGUGGACUUCAUGACUCUGUUGUAUAGUAAUUUGUGCCCUCAAAUUUAUUUUAUUUGUUUAUUUAAUUUAAUUUAUGUAAACUCCUUAAGAACCAAGCACAUUUUGGCUUUGAGGACACAUCCAAUUUACAUUUUUGUGUUUUAUCCUUUUUUUUCCACCUGGCCUUUUUAAAGGGGUUAUCAGGGAAUAGAAAAAUAGAGCUAAUUUAAUUCAAGAACCACUCCUUGUCUGUCUCCAGGCUGGUUGUGGUGAGGGUGGACCAGCAGGGCUCUGUGCCGUGAGGACAAGCGGGGCUCUGUGCCGUGAGGACAAGCGGGGCUCUGUGCCGUGAGGACAAGCGGGGCUCUGUGCCGUGAGGACAAGCGGGGCUCUGUGCCGUGAGGACAAGCGGGGCUCUGUGCCGUGAGGACAAGCGGGGCUCUGAUUGAAAAGCCAGAAACCUGCACAGAGCCCUGCUUUUGUCUUCUCACAGAGACACACAGGCAAUAGCUGCAGAGAGAGUAUUCUUUCACCCAAAAAUAUACAACUUUUUUAACCAGUUUAUAUUACAAAUAUACAUAUAGUGGUGUCCAUAUUAUUUAAAUUUUUUUUGCUAAUGACAGGUACAUUUUAAGCUCCAUAACUUUUUUUUUUUUUUUUUUCCAUCUACAGACCCAUAUUUGGGAUUAUUUUACUCUUUAAAUCCCCAUAGGGGACCAUUACUUGCAAUCAUAUAGAUUGUACAAUGCUAUGCCCAUUUCCAAGUACUGUACAGUGUUAUCGGCACUUUACUGAUGCAGGCUGCCUCUGCAGGCUGCACAUUGGAGACUCGAUCCGGGGCGCAGGUAAUGGGAUCCUUCACCACCAUUUUAGCUUGUUCCACCCCUGCGAUCGCAUUCUGUGGGUAUGAUGUGCACCACUGAGCUAACUGGCAUAUGUCAUUUAAAUGAGUAAUCAGGAACAUGCUCAGUGCACACAACUUUGGGCACCUAAGAGGAUCCCACCCCCUUGGCACUUGUGACAGGAGCAGCUGGGACCUUCAACAAUGUUUGUGUGUGCAUGACCAAGCUCAGAUCCUCUUGGUGAGCAGCAGUCGGUACCCGGAUCAGUGGAUUGUACCAGGUGGAGGAAUGGAGCCGGAGGAGGAGCCCGGCAGAGCGGCAGUGAGAGAAGUGUAUGAAGAGGCUGGUGUGAAGGGGAAGUUGGGUAGACUCCUGGGAAUAUUUGAGCAGAAUCAAGAUAGGAAGCACAGGACGUAUGUGUAUGUACUAACUGUCACAGAGGUUCUCGAAGACUGGGAAGAUUCUGUAAACAUAGGGAGAAAGAGGGAGUGGUUUAAGGUUGAAGAUGCCCUGAAAGUCCUGCAGUGCCACAAGCCAGUUCAUGCUGAAUAUUUGGAAAAGCUAAAAAUGGGAUGCUCCCCAACUAACGGAAAUUCUGUAGGCCCACCUUUAUCGGACAACAGUUCUUUAUAUGUAACCUCUGCACAGACUUCUGGCUUACCAUCAACAGUGAGAUAAACUCUGCACUUUACAAGGCGACUUGCUGAUCCAUUAGGAAGAAUGGUCUUUUGUGUUCUCAUGCGGACAUCCUAAAGUUUAGACCUGGAUUCUCUUGCAAAAUGUGCUAAAACCAAUUUGGUUUCUUUUCACUUUUUUUUUUCUUUUAACCAUGUAAAAUAGCGUUCAGCAUAAAAAGCCAUAGGAAGUUUUUUUUGUUUGUUUUUUUUUUGUUCUUUUUAUGUUUGUUUGUUUUUUUGCUUUAAGAUGCCUUACAUGGCCAUUUUUUUUCUGGUCUUAUGUUUAUUCACAUGAUUAUCAGUAUGGCUUCUGUGUCGCACUCUGGCAUUCUUUUCAUACAGCUUUCUGUAAGGGCUUUAACUACUGCUGGAUGUGAGAUGGGCCUUUGUUGUACAGUGUUAAAGGCUCAAUACCAAAUGAGGGCAAUCCUGCAGAGUACUAGUUUAGUUUCUGUUUGGUCUCUUUAGCUUUAAAGAGGGCUGCUAUUACAUUACUUGCUAUUCCAUACUCCACAAGACUUGCAGAAUUAGGGAAUUAGGUCCCCCCCCUAUAUUCCUGUGAUAGGUCAAUGACAAGGAAAAAGGUUUAGAUAUAUUGUUUUUGUAAAAUUGAGAUGUGUCUCCAUCAACCUACUACAUUUAGGUGUAGGUAGAGAACUAACCUAGUCGGCCUUUUUAAAUGCGGUACAGUAACUAAAUAUAUCCAUACAGAAUGUAUUUUGCCCCCCCCUUCCUCAACUUGGAUAUACUACUGUGGGGUCUACACACCACAAUCUGCCAGGAGCAUAUGUAGUGGUAGGCUGAAUAUAUUUCCUUGGUUUUUAGGACAGGACUUGACAAAUUUCUGGAGCCAGGUAGGCAUUGCUUACAGGGAAUAACAACUGGAGCAUAACUUAAUGAGUUUCUUCCUAAUAUAGAUGUUUAUAGAAUUUUUUUAGCUUGCCACUAAAAUAAGCCUGGCUUAUGUUGUCUACACUAUUUUGUCCAUCUCUGGCCUAAGACAUUGCUUUCCUCUCAUUUGCAUUGUUGUGUGGAGUCCAUAUCUAGGAGGCUGUGAAAAUGGGAAACUAAAAAAAAAAUGGCAGGUACCCUCAUGGUGAUGUUUUAAGAAGUAAAACCUUGACAUUGUAAGCUGUCCUUAUAACUAGAGAUGAGGGAAUUUACAGUAAAUUCGAUUCGUCACGAACUUCUCGGCUCGGCAGUUGAUGAC